AUGGACUUGCCCGGGGACUCCAGCUCAUCUGGCUCGCCGCGUCUUUGCCGCCAGCCACUGGCCCGAGCACUAUGGGCAGCCGGGAGCCCAAAACGGCCGAGGCUGCAGCCCCUGGGGGCUCCUUCGUCCCUGGAAAAGGCUUCUCGAAGGGUCCUGGCCGUGGUGCUGGAAGAUGUCAUGGCUGCCCGCAUGGUCCCUCUGGCGCCCCAGCAGGAGUCCUCCACCCCUCGGCACCACAGCAACUAUUGGGAUUCCAUCCACAGCCAACCACCUGCCCCAUCAUCUCUACAGUCCGUACGGUCCCCACAGGCCAGAUCUUCCAGCUCUCUGCACUUGUGCCGAGAGCCCUUGAGCCGCAUCCACCGACCCCCUUCAACUCUGCGACGACGACCAAGGAUAAACCCUGGUCCAGAGGAGACCUCUUCACAAAAGGUGGACCGGGCCCCCCAGCCUACCCUGGUGGUGAUGCUGGAAGACAUUGCUGGCUCCAGACCCCCGGCAGAGGGUUUUGUCAAUGAGACCUCCAACUUCACCAUCCCAGCACGAAGAGCUGAGCCCAUGACAGUGGCUCACCAGCCAUUGCCUCCACCUAGGGACCUGGAACCCCCAUUCCAGUCAUCUGCCCAGCCUGUAGGCCAUUCAGAGAGUCCAGCACCAGAUCCUGACCUGGAGUCCUCAUCAACCCCACCGACAUCCAGCCUUUUACGUCCCCGCCUCAGUCCUUGGGGCCUGGCCCCCCUCUUCCGCUCCGUCCGCUCCAAGCUUGAGAGCUUUGCUGACAUCUUCCUCACACCUAACAAAACCCCACGGCCCCCACCCCCAGCACCUCCCAUGAAGCUAGAGUUGAAGAUUGCCAUCUCAGAGGCUGAGCAGUCUGGGGAGCCUGAGGGUGUUGCAUCUGUCAGUCCCCGACCCCCUAUCCGACAAUGGCGAACCCAGGACCACAAUCCCCCACCAUUGCUCCCUAAGCCUUCUCUGGGCCGAAGCCACUCCUGCCCUGAUCUAGGGCCCCCUGGCCCAAGUGCCUGCACCUGGCUCCCUGCCCCACCCCAUAUAAGUCGACCUCGGCCCCGGCGGCACACUGUAGGAGGUGGAGAGAUGGCCCAAACCUCACCACCCCCUCGGCCCUGUCUUCGGAAAGAGGUGUUUCCUCUCGGAGGAGUGGGAACGUCUCCUCCUCUUACCACAUCUUGCUCAUCCACCACAUCCACUUCUUCCUUCUCCGAGCCUGUGGACUCCAGGUUGAACUCACCUCAAAGGAAGGAGCCAAGGGCCCCAGAGGACCACGUUCUUCCCGACCUUGAAAGCAAGGCCGUGGGGAAGGUUUCUCGAUUUAGAAUACGCAAGACACCUGCCCGGCCUCAACUCAACCUUACGCCAAUGGGGCUGCCUCGACCAGUCAGGUUAAACAAGAAGGAAUUCAGCCUGGAAGAAAUUUACACCAACAAGAAUUACCAAUCGCCCACAACCAGGAGGACCUUUGAGACCAUCUUCGAGGAACCUCGGGAACGCAAUGGAACUCUGAUCUUCACCAGCUCAAGGAAGCUCCGGCGGGCUGUAGUGUUUCGGGAUAGCAGCCUCCCUCACUCCCGGCGACCCUACCGAGGAGUCCGUGCUGCAGCUAGCAGGACCCUUACUCCCAGCCUGGCCCCUAACCCAGACGUGGGACCUCUAUUGCAGCAGCGGCUGGAGGAGCUGGAUGCUCUGCUUCUGGAAGAGAAUGAGGAGGGAAUGGAGGGGGAACAUCUAUUUGUCCAUGCAUCCACCCUGGAAGAAUCUAGCUUGCACAAAGCACGCGGCGGCACUCAAGCCCUACAGCGUCGCGGAGCGAUCCCGCUGAGCUGCCAACAGAGCGAGGCUAUCGCCACGCGCGUGCGCGAGACGCUAGGCGUCCGGGACUACCGCCCCGUUAGAGCCGUCGCGGCCCCGCCGGCCCCACGGGGGGGGGGCCCCUCGGGCUUGUCGGCCCGGGGGCGGCGCCGGUUCUCCGGGCCUUGGCCUUGGGGCAAGCUCGGGGCCGGCAGCUCCUGCUUUUUUAAAGGGGAAACCGUGGCCCUCUCGUCCCUGUGCAGCCGUCAGCGCCGCGUCUGCGACCCCGGGCCUACGGACAGGCCGUUCCGGGCCCCGCCGCCUCCGGAUGCGGCGCUGAGGGCGGUCGUCAUGGAGACGGCAGCGGCCGCGGCUCCGGGCCCGGGCUGGGCCGCUGAGGGGGAGCGGCGGCGGCGGCGCUGCUCGCGCCGAGACCGAGACCGGGAGCAGCGGCGCCGCAGAGGGCCCGGCGGCGACGCACCCCGGUCCGUGCUGGCCGCCCCGCGCGGCUCUUCGUCUUCGUCGUCGCCGCCACCUCCUGCCAGGCCUUGGUCGUCAGCUUCGGCUGGAGAGCGGCCUGGGGGCCCGAGACGGCGGCGGCCCCGACCCAGGCCUCGGCCCCCACGACCCCGAGCUCGGAAGCGGCCUGCUGGAUCGGGUAGCCGCGGGGAGGAAGAGGAGGAGGAGGGGGGACCAGACGACGGGGAGGCCGAGGAAGAGCCCGAAGAAGAGGAAGAGGAGGAGGAGGAGGACUUAAUCGAUGGCUUCGCUAUUGCUAGCUUCGCCAGCCUUGAGGCCUUGCAGAAGGAUGCAUCGCUUCAGCCCCCAGAGCGACUGGAACACCGGCUGAAGCAUUCUGGGAAGCGGAAGAGGGGGGGCUCCAGUGGGGCCACUGGGGAGCCUGGGGACAGCUCUGAUCGGGAGCCUGGCCGGCCCCCUGGGGAUCGGGCCCGAAAAUGGCCCAAUAAGCGGAGAAGGAAAGAGUGUGACGCAGAAAGCGAUCUCGACGAGAGGGUUUCCGAUGAUGACCUCGACCCUUCCUUUACAGUCUCAACCAGCAAAGCCUCGGGCCCCCAUGGCGCCUUCAAUGGGAACUGUGAAGCAAAAUUCUCUGUGGUCCCUAAAGUGUCGGGCCUGGAGCGGAGCCAGGAACAGCCCCCGGGGCCCGACCCGCUGCUAGUGCCUUUCCCCUCUAAGGAACCACCGCCUCCACCAGUCCCUCGGCCUCCUGCCUCACCCCCUGCAUCCCUGCCAGCCACCCCCAGUCUGCCACCCCCACCCCAGCCCCAGCUGCAGCUUCGGGUCUCGCCCUUUGGCCUCCGCACUUCUCCCUAUGGCAGCAGCCUGGACCUCAGCACUGGCAGCUCUUCACGGCCGCCCCCCAAGGCCCCGGCCCCUCCCGUGGCUCAGCCUCCCCCCUCAUCAUCCUCUUCGUCCUCUUCCUCCUCAUCUGCCUCCUCCUCGUCCGCGCAGCUCACCCACCGACCCCCGACGCCCUCACUGCCCCUGCCUUUGUCCAGUCACAGCUUCCCCCCCUCUGGACUGCGCCCACCACCACCACCCCACCACCCCUCCUUGUUCUCCCCUGGCCCCACCCUACCCCCACCCCCACCCCUGCUGCAGGUGCCAGGGCACCCUGGGGCCUCAGCGGCUAACGCCCUCUCUGAGCAGGACCUGAUCGGCCAGGACCUGAACUCUCGCUACCUGAAUGCCCAGGGUGGCCCUGAGGUGGUGGGGGCAGGAGGCUCCACACGGCCUCUGGCCUUCCAGUUCCACCAGCACAACCACCAGCACCAGCACACCCACCAGCACACCCACCAGCACUUCACCCCUUAUCCCCCGGGCCUGCUGCCGCCCCACGGCACCCACAUGGUGAGCUCAGAGACCUGA